AGUAGAGAACCACCUCACAUACAACGCAACAGUCCAACAUAAAGAGAGCUCUCUUCGGCUCCAGUUGAUCACCACUAUCAGUCCCUGUGUUGUUUCGCUUCGGCCACAACCAUGCGCGCAACUUCACGGGUACUCGCGGCCGUGCGAUCAGCGAGCAAAUAUCUCGAACCGAACAUCCCAACAGGGUUGACAGGGCUAUCAACGCACCCCAACCCACGACCUGCACUCAUUUACACAUACAAGCAAACACUAUCGAAACUAGCCCAGAUACCUGCAUCAUCGGUUUACCGUCAGUCGGCCGAAGCCUUGACAAAGCAGCGACUGGAGAUUGUCGAGUCGACCAAACCCGAGGGAUACGAGGCAUGGCUGGAGCGGGUGCGUCAACAGAUUGAAGCCAACCCGGCGGCCUACGCCAAAUUUGUCGAUGGCGAAGGAAAUCUUAGCAGUGAAAAAUUACACAUCGAGCAAUUGGAGCCAUGGGAUGGCGAGGUGACCAGGAACGACGCUUUCUCAGAAGGAACCAAUACUCAGGCAGAAGCUGAGGCCAAGGCCAAAGCCGUGGAUGAGGAGCUCCAAGAAGCCCGCAAGGUAGCGCAAGAAGGACAUCUGCCUACUGUCGAGGAUCUCGAGGUGGAGCCGCAACUUACAAGAGCUCAGAUCGACGAGAUUGAGCAAAAGAUCGGCGCAGGCUUGAUUGAAGAAGUGGUACAGGUUGCAGAAGGCGAAUUACAGCUGGUGGAUGAGAUGGUGCAGUAUCGGGUAUGGGAGGAUCUCGCGGAACAAAGCCCUCCAGGCCAAUGGGCGUACUUUGAACGUGGGGAUAGAGUGUAGUUGUUGCUCUAUUGUUUGAAAGCCCCCAACUGGAACGCGAGGCUGUCCAACUUGUACAUAGAAUGCUCAAUCGAAAGGGUUUGCUGCCUUUGAGAAUGGCAGCAUCACAUAUGAUCGGGGCUGGAACCAAAAGUCUUCUAGAUGCAGCAGUGGGGGGAAAGGAUAUAUCGUCCGCCAUGGCUUCGUUAAUGACUUGGGCAUGUUGUAUUGAUUUUCAAAUCCUGUCACUCAGGACGAGCACCAUCUUUCCACGUCUUUCUUCUAUCUCCUUGCCACAUGUGCAGAUCAAUCCACAGCACCAUCAUAGUAUGUACAGAGCUCCCCAACCCCACAUGCGCAGGCUUUCAGAACCAAUGUCUUCCGAUUUGAC